AUAAACAUGCAACACCAUGGGCCAGAAAAGGUUGAAUACAUUGACAGUAUGGCCAAUCAAGCAUGAUUUCUGCCGCGCUCAAAACAAAUGGAAACUUAAUGAAAUCUGAGAUUUCCCAGUUCUGAGUUCAAGACAACUGAGAACUCUGGGGAAAAAAACUAGCUCCGACUGGGGAACACGGGCCUCUUUCUAGAGCGCCGACCUGAAGAUCAAUGACAUCAUGAUUCGACCGUGUUUUCUUCUGAGUUCCCAGUUGUCUUGAAAGCACCAUAAAUCCAGAGAAUGCCAGUCUUUGAUGACAAAGUUUGAUGACAAAGUUUGACCACAAGAAGGACUGCUGCGCCAUCUUGUUCAAGUGAGCACAGCACAACAAGAACCUGCCCAUUGGUGCGGUCUGUGUUGGCUCACUCAAACUCACAUACAUCUCCAAGGUCAGCGACGCCACUAAGCAAAGACCAAAGGCGGAGUUUUGCUUUGUCAUCAAUGCUGGCAUGAGGAAAUUCUUCCUCCAGGCCAAUGAUCAGCAGGACCUGGUGGAAUGGGUGAAUGCUCUCAACAAGGCCACCAAAAUCACUGUGCCAAAGUCAUGUAAUGCCCAACAGAAUGUGGAGAACCAGAAAGCUCUUCUGGACAUCCUGGGACCCAAGAAGCAGGUCUCCUACAGGACUGACAUCAUUGGGGGAGUUCCCAUCAUCACCCAGACGCAGCAGGAAGGGGGCGAGGGCCAGGAGGGUUCGGAGCGUGAGUUGCUGCGGAGGUCGUACAGCCAGCUGCCAUACUUUCUGGGAAGGCCGACCCAGGACCGGGCGGUCAUCAAGUCUGGCUACUGUGUGAAGCAGGGAGCUGUGAUGAGAAAUUGGAAAAGGAGAUAUUUCUUACUGGAGGAUAACACCAUGAGUUACUUCAAAUCAGAUCUGGAGAAGGAGCCUCUGAGAAUGAUUCCAUUGAAGGAGGUCCACAAAGUUCAGGAGUGCAAACAGAGUGACAUCAUGAUGAGGGAUAAUCUCUUUGAGGUUGUCACCACUUCUAGGACUUUUUACAUCCAGGCUGACAGUCCAGAGGAGAUGCACAGCUGGAUCAAGGCUGUCUCUGGUGCCAUCGUAGCCCAGCGGGGACCUGGGAGAUCUGCAGCCACACAGGAGCACUGUGGCCGUUCCUCCCCUUCCACAUUCUACCGCAGCCAACCGGGGCCCCCCGUCCCUCGCUCGCCCAUAUCUGCAGUGCCACCCUACCCAGGGUGCCCUUCUGUCGCGGGCGGUGUACGCUCGGAGCCUUGCGUGGGACAGCGAGCACUUCAUGAGCCUCUUGCCGCGACCCAACCACGCCCGACUGUCCCUGCAGGAGACACACCUGUCCAAGUGACCGCCGACACUGCCCUCGAGUCGCCAUGGAGACGGCGCAGCAGCUUCGAGCCCUACCCACCUGAACCCCCCCUUGACCUGGACGCUGACGACCUGCCGGUCAGCGAAGUCUGACCCAUGAACUACCCCCACACUACCCCGUAUCCUGGCAGAGGGGGUGGGCUACAGAGGAGAGGCUGUAUGACAACAGUGAUAAUGGGGGAAAUGAGAAGAAUGCUUUUGAAUAUCCGAGAGCAGCUGAACAGUGGGCCGCUUGUCUCAUCUCCACCAAACUGAACAGAAGUCAUUUGGAUGGAAAUGACAGAAAGCAGGCACUGGAUUCCAAGCCAAAGUUAGUCUGUAUAAUGUGUCUGACUUCCAACCAUCUCAACCCCCUGUUUGUGAAGCUGUUAAUCUUCCCCAGCUAGUCAACCCUAGUCACAUUAGAGUUGGAGGUCACUCAGACAGAGACAGGGGGGUUACGUUCUCUCCUUGUUUUCAUUGUUUGGCAUCUACUCAGUGGUCAAGGCCUGUGGACACUCACAUGAAGUCCUGGAAUCAGCUGUCUCUGUGUGGGCUGGGAGGGUGAGAUUCACACUGAACUCUACAACAAAGAUUCUGCGCUAUUUGCCAUUGUCUCCCACCUGCUUGCUCUCUUCUUAUUUAUUUAAUAGGGUUAAUUCAGUUUAGAAAACUUUUUUUUUUAAUAUAUUUUUUUAUGUUGAUUUAAAAUAUACACACUGAGUGUACGAAACAUGAGGAACACCUUCCUGAUAUUGAGUUUC